AAAUGUAAAUAUUUUAGUUGCAUUACGGCCGUCUUCGUGAUUGUGUAAUUGCAAAGGUGGAGUUGAGAGGUAUUCAUCUAAUAAUUAUUGAACUGCAACUUUUCCAAGAUUAGAAAGUAUAAACUGGACAACAUAAAUUCGAAAGUCAUUUAACAUUGUAUGUGACUUGUAAAAAAUCAAUGUCGUUUGAACUGGACUUUACAGUAUUCACUGUAAAACUCAAAACAUACUAUUUUGUUCAAUAGUUCAAAAUAGAAACGACGAAAACCAACGCGAACCGAGUCAGCACUAUCAAUCGUUCUCGUCGCACGAAUUCUACCGUCUGUAUUAGCUGUGAUUAAAGGAAACUCAAUGCGAUGGCUUGCCCGCUGCUCAGUUUGGUGGUCUUCGCGUCGAUGUUAGCACUUCAGGCGAUAACCUACUGUAGAGCGGCACUUAUCUCACCCCCAAACACCGACAACAAUCGAUUAAGAGACGGAGAGGAUCCGUCAUGGCACGUUCAGUACGAUCCGAUAUCGUUGGAGAUGCAUAUGAACACUAUGACCAACAUAAGCCUGCGGAUUGAGGGAUUUGAUAAGACUCAACUCGAAGAUGUGGCGAGCAUUCAACUUAGGAGCGAACGCAAUCACGUAGCAACUAUUCCUGACGGAACCAUUAAGGUGCUGGAUUUUAAAGAUGAGUCAUACGAUGGCGUAUUCGACAUUACAGGAGUGUUUUUAGGGUCAACCAACCUUUUCGUUGAAGUCAUACUCAAAAGUAAUGGAACGGUUCAAUCAACCGAGAAACUGCCGGUAACCGUUAUACGAGAAGAACGGGUGAUUGACCACAUCUUUACUGGUUCUGUGGCUGUAUUGGUUUGCGUACUAUUUAUUAAUUUUGGAGCUGCAAUGGAUCUUCCUACGGUGAAGGCAAUCAUGAUGAAACCCAUUGGGCCAGCCAUCGGAUUCAUUUCUCAAUUCCUUUUUAUGCCACUUUUAAGCUACGGAUUGGGAUUGUUACUAUUUCCGGAUAGUUUCGAAAUGCAGCUUGGCUUGUUUUUCACCGGAGUUUCGCCUGGAGGUGGUGCAUCGAAUAUAUGGACUGUUCUCCUUGGAGCGAAUCUGAAUCUGUCAUUAGCUAUGACCACCAUUAGCACACUGGCCGCAUUCGGUAUGAUGCCUUUAUGGAUCUUCACCCUCGGUCGAAAAAUUUUUGACCGAGGCAAUCUGGUUGUUCCAUAUAGAAAUCUAGCUACUUUUGCUGUUGGACUUAUUAUUCCGAUGGGGGUUGGUUUAUUAUCUCAACGAUAUACUCCACGCAUCGCCCGUAUUUUGGUUCGCGUUUUAAAACCAAUGUCGGCUUUAUUGAUUCUGUUUAUUGUCGUUUUUGCCAUUGUUACCAAUCUUUAUUUAUUCGAACUUUUCUCGUGGCAAAUUAUCGCUGCCGGGCUGGGCUUGCCAUGGAUUGGAUACCUAUUCGGAUUCAUUGUGAGCAAAUCAGUACGCCUUCCCACCGCAGACGCACUGGCAAUAUCCGUCGAAACGGGCAUCCAGAAUACUGGAAUUGCGAUAUUUUUACUGCGCUUUUCGCUGUCGCAACCAGCUGCCGAUUUAACAACGGUAGUUCCAGUGUCAGCAGCCAUUAUGACCCCGGUUCCAUUGAUGAUACUCUAUCUGGCAAUAAAAAUACGCGAAAAUAAUUUUUGCCGUCGCAUGGACGUUUCUUUUCCAGAUGUGCAGUACGUAAGUUUGAGAUGAUGCCAAACGAUGUCACUAAAAGUUCACUAGCCGAGAAUGAGACCACAUGAUACCACACUACAAUCAGAUCUAUUCUUGAGAAGAACAUAUCAGUCAAUCAAUCGAAAACACUAAAUAGGCGAGUGACUUGGAUUAAACAACUGCAAUACGAGAUAUUCAAAACUAAGAAUAGAUAUUUUUGAGCAUGUUUAUAUUACUUUGUAUUACGUUUACACUAUAUUGAUAAUUGUUAUUUUGUAUAAAAAAUUAAAAAAAAAAACUAGUACCUAGUCAAUGUUGUGAAUUCC